CCCCCUCCGCGAGACUCGAACCGCAGAAGAACCGCUGAAGAUGGAGCAAACCGAAGUAGUGAAACCAGAAACUCUGGAUGAUCUGAUUAAAACUCUGCACAAGAUUUUUGAAAGUGACUCUAUUAAUGUGGAAGAAGUGCAGAGCAUCAUGGAAGCGUAUGAAAGUAAACCUCAGGAGUGGAUGAAAUUCGCCAAAUUUGACCAGUACAGGUACACCAGGAAUCUCGUCGAUGAGGGAAAUGGAAAGUUCAACCUGAUGAUCCUGUGCUGGGGUGAAGGACACGGCAGCAGCAUCCACGAUCACACGGACUCGCACUGCUUCCUGAAGCUCCUGCAGGGUCAGCUGAAGGAGACGCUGUUCGACUGGCCCGACCGCAGACUGCAGGGCGGGAUGGUGCAGAAGUCACAGCGGGUCCUGCUGGAAAACCAGUGCGCGUAUAUUAACGACUCCAUCGGCCUCCAUCGCGUGGAGAACGUCAGUCACACGGAGAGCGCCGUCAGCUUGCACCUCUACAGUCCUCCCUUCCAGUCCUGCCAGACGUUCGACCAGCGCACUGGACACCGCAACACUGUCAAGAUGACCUUCUGGAGUAAAUAUGGCGAGAGGACACCGUAUGAAACGACCCUUUCACAAGAAAACAACUGAGACGGAGAGAACGACGAUGCUCGAUGGAAGCCAAAUUUCCACAUAAAUGAUGUUUAUUACUUGAUCCAACACUUUUUGAGAUUGGCAAAGGACAGUGGGAAGAGGGUCUUGGCGGUAAUUAAAGUUGCUUAAUCGUGGCCUAGUUUAACGCUGGCAGGCGCUGCUGAAGCCAGGCUGAAUGGAGCCGCGCCGUCAAUCUGCUCUUUGUUGGAGGACAAGCCAUUCUCCCAGCAUUCCUCUGUGCCUGUGACCUGUGUAAUCGCUCUUUUGUACUGUUACGGGAUGAGAGCUGUUUGUUGGAAGUGUGUAAUUUAUGAGAAGAAACUAUUUGUCUUUCCUUUUGUCCCUCUGAAAUGAAAGCGCUGUCCUGAAACGGCCUCCAUCGGCAUCAGCGGGAACCGCAGCACUUCGAUCGGUGUGUGCUAUUGAUAAUCGCCAGGCCUCCAAUCUCCACAUGCUUUUUAUUCAAUUUCCAGAUGAACGUUUGCAUGGAAGAGUUUAUUUUUAUGAAUCUUGCUGUCAGUAAUUGAUGUCUAUGGUCUCUGCAUUUGUAAACUGGAGCUUUUAUUUAAAAUGGACCUGAAUCUUACCUGGAAAUGAAUUUUUGUCUUAACAUUGAAGUAAAUAAAAAAACGUUUAGCCA